AUGCAGCGGGCAGCGGCACUGGUCCGGCUGGGCUGUUGCCCUCGGACUCCAGGCCCGUGGGGCCGUAGUCAGAGCAGCGCGGCCGCCGAGGCCUCCGCGGUGCUCAAGGUGCGGCCGGAGCGGAGCCGACGCGAGCGCAUCCUGACGCUCGAGUCCAUGAACCCGCAGGUGAAGGCUGUGGAGUACGCGGUGCGGGGACCCAUCGUGCUCAAGGCCGGUGAGAUAGAGCUCGAGCUGCAGCGGGGUAUCAAGAAACCAUUCACUGAGGUCAUCCGUGCCAACAUUGGGGAUGCCCAGGCCAUGGGCCAGCAGCCAAUAACCUUCCUCCGACAGGUGAUGGCACUCUGUACCUACCCAAACCUGUUGGACAGCCCCAGCUUCCCAGAAGAUGCUAAGAAACGAGCCCGGAGGAUCCUACAGGCUUGUGGCGGAAACAGCCUGGGCUCUUACAGUGCUAGCCAGGGUGUCAAUUGCAUCCGUGAAGAUGUGGCUGCCUACAUUACCAGGAGAGAUGGUGGUGUGCCUGCAGACCCAGACAACAUUUACCUGACCACUGGUGCCAGUGACGGCAUUUCUACAAUCCUGAAGAUCCUGGUCUCCGGGGGCGGCAAGUCACGGACCGGUGUCAUGAUCCCCAUCCCACAGUACCCCCUCUACUCGGCCGUCAUUUCUGAGCUCGAUGCCAUCCAGGUGAACUAUUACCUGGAUGAGGAGAACUGCUGGGCCCUAAAUGUGAAUGAGCUCCGGCGGGCUGUGCAGGAGGCCAAAGACCACUGUGACCCCAAGGUGCUGUGCAUCAUCAACCCCGGGAACCCCACAGGUCAGGUCCAAAGCAGAAAGUGCAUAGAAGAUGUGAUUCACUUUGCCUGGGAAGAGAAGCUCUUUCUUAUGGCUGAUGAGGUGUACCAGGACAAUGUGUACUCUCCGGACUGCAAAUUCUACUCCUUUAAGAAGGUGCUUUAUGAGAUGGGGCCUGAGUACUCCAGCAACGUGGAGCUCGCCUCCUUCCACUCUACCUCCAAGGGCUACAUGGGCGAGUGUGGCUACCGAGGAGGCUACAUGGAGGUGAUCAACCUGCACCCUGAGAUCAAAGGCCAGCUGGUGAAGCUGCUCUCUGUGCGACUGUGCCCGCCAGUGUCCGGGCAGGCUGCCAUGGACAUCGUUGUGAACCCCCCAGUGCCUGGAGAGGAGUCCUUUGAGCUGUUCCACAGGGAGAAAGAGUCUGUCCUGGGUAAUCUGGCCAAAAAGGCUAAGCUGACAGAAGACCUGUUUAACCAAGUCCCAGGAAUUCACUGCAACCCCUUGCAGGGAGCUAUGUAUGCCUUUCCUCGGAUCUUCAUCCCCAGCAAAGCCGUGGAAGCAGCUCAGGCCCAUAAAAUGGCCCCCGACAUGUUCUACUGCAUGAAGCUCCUUGAGGAGACUGGCAUCUGUGUUGUACCUGGCAGCGGCUUCGGGCAGAGGGAAGGCACCUACCACUUCAGAAUGACCAUCCUCCCUCCGGUGGAGAAGCUGAAAACAGUUCUACAGAAGGUGAAGGACUUUCACAUAAAGUUUCUGGAGAAGUACGCAUGA